UUCAUUUCCAGAUUCGCACUUGUUUCAUGUAAUUAAUUAAUUUCCUUGCUCAUAAUUAAGUCAGGGAGAGGGAGAGGGAGAUCGGGAGAGGGAGAGAGAAGAUGUGCAGUACAGAGCAGCAAGCGGCGACUACUCGCACCUGCACCUGCACCUGCAACUGCGAGUGCCCUUCCUUCGUCCCUAACAAGGCCAGAGUGAAUGUGAAUCUCUCGCCGGACUCAGUCAUCAACCUCGACCACAGUGGGGAUCCGAUGCUGUUCGAAUCGUACUGGGAGGAGAUGGGGGAGAAGUGUUCGGUGGUGAUACCGGGGUGGCGGUCAAUGAGCUACUUCUCGAACGUGGACAGCCUUUGCUGGUUUCUGGAGCCGGAGCUGGCGGACUCCAUAGGGCGGCUGCAUCGGGCGGUGGGGAAUGCGGUGACGGAGGACCGCCAUGUGGUGGUGGGAAAUGGGUCGUUGCAGCUCUUUCAGGCUGCGCUCUACGCCCUGUGUUCCCCCGGCGGGCCACACCCCGUCAGCGUUGUCUCCGCCGUUCCUUAUUACUCGUCAUAUCCAGAGGUGAUAAAUUUGCUACAAUCAAGGUUGUACAAAUGGGAGGGCGACGCACAUGCGUACAAUGAGGAGGGACCAUACAUAGAACUAGUAACCUCUCCCAACAACCCAGAUGGCUUUAUUCGAGAACCCGUGGUGAAGCAAGGGCGAGGAGGUGGUCCUUAUGAAGCAGAUGCUGGAAAACUCAUCCAUGACCUCGCCUACUACUGGCCACAUUAUAGUCCAAUUACGCGACGAGCCGAUUAUGAAAUCAUGCUUUUUACAUUUUCGAAAUGCACAGGCCACGCUGGUUCCCGCAUUGGGUGGGCAUUGGUAAAAGACAAAGAAAUAGCGAGAAAGAUGACAAAGUUCAUAGAGCUAAACACAAUAGGAGUAUCAAAAGAGUCCCAACUUCGAGCUGCAAGAAUCUUGCAAGUAAUACAUCAAGACUACCAUGAUUUGGAGUCUCCAACUAAGUUGAACUUCUUUGAGUAUGCCCGAUGCCUUAUGACUGAAAGAUGGUACAAGUUAAGAGAGCUUUUGCAUGGUUGAAGUGCAACAAAGAGGAGAUAGGAGACUGUGCAGCCUUUCUACGAGAGCAUAAGAUUCUGACAAGAAACGGGAAUCAGUUUGGGACAAAUGCGAAGUAUGCUAGGGUUAGCAUGUUAGAUAAGGAAGAAGCAUUUAACCUCUUCUUAGAAAGGCUAUCUUCUAUCCAAUAUCUAGUCCAAGGAUGAUUUAUUAGCCAAUAUCUUGGUGAAAGUAUAUCUAUAUGUGUGUGUGUGUGUGUGUGGUGUGCGCGUGUGCGCACACACACACACGUGUGUUUGUUUUUUUUUUUUUUUUUUUUCUGCAAUAUUAUCAAGCGGAUUUUAAUGUAUAUCCAGCCUACAAUUUCUAGCUAUUAUAUUUUUGUUAAUUCCAUGCCAUAUUGCCAAGUGGAGUUGAUUAUCUUUGUUCUU